AUGUCCGAGAAACCCCCCCAAGAACGCAAUUCGCGAGAACCAGACGAUUCGCCUGCACGCAAGGAAUUGGCAUCUCACUCUACCUCUAGUCGUGGUGGCAAGAGUAGAGCAGAAGAGAUUGCACGAAUCAACAAACUCGCUACCGCGCCUGGCGUGACCGCGGAGUCAUUUGCACAUCUCGACGAGAAGAAGAUAUUGCGAAAAAUGGACUUGCAUUUGAUUCCCAUGCUCGCACUGCUCUAUCUGUUGUCGUUUUUGGAUAGAGCCAAUAUCGGGAACGCGAAGAUUGAGGGGCUGGUGGAUACGUUGGGUAUGAGCGGUAUGCAGUAUAAUUUGUGUCUGACCGUGUUCUUCUUCACAUAUGCUGCCUUCGAAAUUCCCAGCAAUCUUCUGCUCAAGCGGCUUAGGCCGUCCAUCUGGCUACCAACGAUUAUGGUGGCCUGGGGCAUUGUCAUGACGCUGAUGGGUAUCGUGCAGAACUACCACAGUCUGCUGAUUGCACGUAUCUUUCUUGGUGCGACUGAGGCUGGUCUGUUCCCCGGCGUUGCGUACUACAUCACCAUGUGGUACUGCCACCACGAGGCACAGUUUCGACAGGCGCUAUUCUUCAGCGCUGCGUCUGUUGCAGGAGCCUUUUCUGGGCUUCUGGCGUUCGGUAUUGCGCAUAUGGAUGGUGUUGGAAAUCUGGAAGGAUGGAGGUAUGAAGGUCUGAUAGAACAAUCAGAGCAACUGCUGACGUGUGCAGGUGGAUUUUUAUCCUCGAGGGUAUCUUGA